AUGGCAGAUUCAUUUAGAGCAACGAUACUCAGUACAUAUAAAUAUUAUAUACCUGUGCACAGCCGUGUCUGUACAGAACAUAGACUGAGUAAUGAGUGGAGUAACCUGUAUAAUUCUAGUAAUAGCAUUAGUACAUUUACUUCACAACAAGUAGAACACAUUUUUUCAUUUGUUAAUGCUUUCAAGCCCUACCUUAAUUUCACAAAUGUAGAAGCUAUUCAAGAAAUCGAAGAUAACAUAUUUUUCUUUUGGACUGGAAGGUCCAAACUAGACUUUUUCACCCUUCUUAAUGAAGUUCCACGCAUACAAGGAAUUCACAAAGGUAUUUUGGGAUUAGCUGCAUUGUUAAUGAAACUGAGGACUGGUGAAUCAGAUAUUCGGUUAUCUACAUUAUUAGAUAUACCACGUACCACAUUAGAGCGACUAAUGAACAAAUGCAGGGAAAUCUUGGUUCAAGAUUUUGUACCUAUAAACCUGGGUAUUGAUCACAUAUCAAGAGAAAGGCUAAUGGAUCAUAACCUUACAAUACCAAAUGGUAUAUACAAUGAAAACUAUACUAAUGCUAUAAUGAUUUGCGAUGGGACAUACAUAAAUAUAAAUAAAAGUUCUAAUUACUCUUUCCAAAAAGAUACGUAUUCUUUGCACAAAUAUAAAAAUCUAUUAAAACCAUUUUUAAUUGUGGCAUGUGAUGGUUACAUAUUAGAUUGUUUCGGUCCAUACAAGGCUACCACAUCUGAUGCUGACAUAAUGAUUUCCCUUUUUGACAAUGAAAACUCUCCUCUUAGAUUAUAUUUUCAAGAAAAUGAUGUGUUUAUAUUGGAUAAGGGUUUCAGAGAUUGUAUAAGAAUGCUAGAAAGUUGUAAUUAUCGACCAUAUAUGCCUGAUUCUCUAUUAGAAGGCGAACACCAAUUAACAACACAACAGGCCAACCGGAGUCGUUGUGUAACAUUAUGUCGCUGGGUAGUUGAGGCAGUAAAUGGACAUUUAAAAAGAGAUUUUAAGCUCCUGAGGCAAGACUAUUUUAAUAAAUCUGUGCCAAAUAUGAUGCAGAACUUUCAGAUAGCUGCCAGUCUCCUUAACCGAUUUGGUGUUCGUUUUCGUGAUAGAGAUGAUUCUAAUGAAAUAGUCGCAAUAAUUAGAGAGAGAAUUAAUUUUGAAAAUAAUUUAGCACUCUUGAUUGAGGAAUUAAAUAUGAAUAGAAGGUUUGCUGUUUUUCAGAGUAUAACAGCUGACCGAGAUAAUUUAUUUAUGUUUCCUAGAUUAAGUUACAAUGAUUUAGUUGAUGUAGAAUUAUACAACUCUCUUAUCGCUAAGAUUAAAGACUCUGCAUACAAGAAUGUGGGUGAAAAACACAGUAAUUUGGAUCAUUUCAAUUUAAUUCUAAAUGAUUGUAAGAUUUGUAUUUUUCAGGGUUUCGAUAUAAUUAUAUCUUUGUUAGACAAUUUGUCAGUGCAAGUUGAUAGAAUAUGCGGCUAUAUAGACGAUGCCGCAUACAUUCUACAAACACUAUCGAAUCUCAUUAAGAACAUCAUUGAAACUGUUACCCUAACAUGCAGUAAAAUAAGAAUAUUUCCAACUAGCACGGGAAAUGUUAUUUCAUUAGUUUUUUCACAUUGCAAGAAUAGUGACUGCAUAUACGGCAGCUACUUAAGUAAUGUAGAAGAACAAUUAAAAGCAUUAUUCAAAUGUUGUCAUGAGCUUCAAUUAACUUAUUUAUUGGCCCUGGGAAAGAACUUCAUAUUUGAUUUAUCAGAAAUAGAUGAACAGAAUAUUUUAAUAGAAACGUUGGACAUUAAUUUGAGGAUAGGUGAAGUUGUACAGUCGUUAGAUGUUAAAACUAUGGCCGAACAAUGGAAAGCUUACACCAUGAUUUGUGAAAAAUAUUCCGAUUUUUUAGUAGAUAAAAAUAUAUAUAAUAAUUGUACUAAACUGUUAGUUUCAACUAUCGAAAAUAACAUCAAAACUGCCUUGGAGGUAAAAGAAGAUAAAGUUAUUAUAAGAUCUUUGAAAGUGGCCAGUUUUUCGCUGAAAAUAUUAUUACGAAUGUCUACUAUUUUUAAAGGCUCUACGUGUGUAAAUUAUCAGUUAUUUUUCGAAUUACUUUCUAAUAUGAGCCUAUGUAACAGUAACUAUUAUGAACUGACAUUGAAUAAAACACCUGCAUUUACAAAACUUUUAAGUACAAAUUUAUUAACACCUAUAGAUGCUUUAAUAAAUCAACUUGUUAGUGAAGAAAAAUUUUUAGAAGUGGGUCACAUGUGGCUUAAUAUUGGCUUAAAAUUUAACUCCAUUUUAAGUGAAAAACAGUUUUAUGGUCUGUAUAGUCAUUUGUUAGUUCAUACAAUAUCACUGGCUGCGUGUAUGAAUUGUAAAGAAUAUAGUAAAUUAGAAAAAGUUAUGUAUGAAAUUAUUAUGGGUGUUGAUUAUUAUAGUACUGUAUUUUCGGCGAAUAUGUGGGUCUCUUUGUGCCGGAUUGGUGAUUCUCAGUUGCACCUAAAUACUUUACAAAAUUUGUUGAAAAUAUAUCAAAAAUUAGAAAACAAUAAAUCAUUUACUACCUCACCUCAAAAAGUAAAUUUAAAUUACACCAUAGAAAUGCUUUUCCAAACUCUUAAAUAUCCAGAAAAGCUGUUAAUAUAUAAACAUUUUAGUAUACAAGAUAAUAAAAAUGUUGGUAUUUGGUGUGCCAUGAAAAUAACGAAUUUGCCAGAAAAUCUCGAAAUAUCUGCUGAAAAAUUGGUAGUUCAAAAAUUGAUUCAAGUUUUUGAUGAAUUGUCAAAUAAUGAACAAAACAAUUUUGUAAACUUGAUAAAACAAAUGAAACUAGUAUCAACUUGUUCUUUUACCGUGUGUGAUUCUAAAUUAGAAGAUUUGAUAGUAAAGUGUUGGAGUAAAGCAUGUCCUAAUUGCAAUACGAUUGUCCUACAAAAUUCUAUUUGGUUCAAAUAUAUACAAAGUUUAAUUUAUUUAACUGAUUCUUACGUGGAGAAUUUUGAAAACAGUGCAAACUUGACUAAGGUGGCAUAUGUUACAUCAAGUCUUCUUCUCAAAGGGAACGCCGAUUUUAUAACACUUUUAUUCAAGACAUUUUGCAAAUUGUUCACCAACAGUUUAAUUAAAGAUCAUUUGGACAUCAAUAUUUUAAUAAACACACUGAAAGAUCUAAAAACAGAAAGUGUCGUUCAGAACUAUAUAUUUAGUGUUAUUGAAUUAAAUGAUGAUAUAAAUAAUUUGGUCACACAAAUAUUAAGUAAAGAUCCAUCACUCAGAGAAUUGAGAAAUAAUUAUGACGAAUACAAAACAAAACUUCAGAACCCUAUCGAAAGAAAAAGACUGCUGGAAAAUGUUUCUGAAUGUAUAUUUUCGCACAAAUGUAUUAAUAAUGAGUUAAUUUUAAAUUUACAAAAUGCAAGAACUAAUAGUAAUUUUGAUCUCGAUCUCAGUCCAUUGUCUGAACCUGAACAUGAACCAGCAACUAAAAAGGCAAAACUCGAUACAAGUGUUGAAAGACUCUUAUUAAAUUUAGAGCGAGAUGUGUUACUGCUAUCUCAAGUUAACGAAAAUAUUCUCAGUGAUCACAAGAAUAGAAUCAGAACUGUUUGUGAUAAUUUAAGAAAUAUAAUAUCAUAAUAUUA